UGAGUCAUACGCACGGCAACAUGAGUACCGUCACACCCUUUCCCUCCAGAGGACCUGGGCAAGUUUCCCAGUCAGCGGAGCCCGGGACAGCACACACUUCAGGAGAGAACAAGGUUUCCAUUUGCUGUUAGCAGAUGAAACUGAGGUGGAACUGUGCUCGCUAGUUCUACACAUUUAAUAACAUCUGGGAAGCGGGACUCAGGUCACCAAAAUGAAAGCCCUCAUCCUUGUUGCUGCUGGAGUAAUGCUUCUGUCGCCCAUUUUUUGUCAAAGCGGCAUGGAAAAUGAUGUACGCACCUUGGCAGAACCAACCUUACCUAUUAAGACCUUCCGCGGGGACCCAUUCGAUUCUUUUGAAGACUUCCCCCUUUCUGCCAUAGAAGGCUGGACAGGAACUACCACAACUGUAAAAAUUAAGUGCCCUGAAGAAAGUGUUUCAAAUCUUCGCGUGAAUAACGCUACCAUGGGGUACCUGAGCAGCUCCUUAAGUACCAAACUGAUACCCGCCAUCUACAUCCUGGUGUUUGCAGUAGGUACGCCAGCCAAUGCGGUGGCCCUGUGGAUGCUCUUCUUCAGGACCAGAUCUAUCAGUAUGACCAUCUUCUACACCAGCCUGGCCAUCGCAGACUUUCUUUUCUGUGUCACACUGCCCUUUAAGAUAGCUUACCACCUCAAUGGGAACAACUGGGUAUUUGGAGAGGUCAUGUGCCGGGCCACCACAGUCAUCUUCUACGGCAACAUGUACUGCUCCAUUCUGCUCCUCGCCUGCAUUAGUAUCAGCCGCUACCUAGCCAUCAUUCAUCCUUUUACUUACCGAGCGCUGCCCAAGCGCACCUACGCCUUCGUAACGUGUGGAUUGGUGUGGGCAACGGUUUUCUUAUACAUGCUGCCAUUUCUCAUCCUGAAGCAGGAGUAUUAUCUUGUCCAGCAAGACAUCACCACCUGCCAUGAUGUCCACAACACAUGCGAGUCCUCAUCUCCCUUCCAACUCUGUUACUUCCUCUCCUUGGCAUUCUUUGGGUUCUUAAUUCCCUUUGUGGUCAUUAUCUACUGCUACACAGCUAUCAUUCGGAGGCUUAAUACAUAUGAUGACAGAUGGCUGUGUUAUGUUAAGGCGAGUUUCCUCAUUCUUGUGAUUUUUACCAUUUGCUUUGCUCCAAGCAAUAUUAUACUUAUUAUUCACCAUGCCAACUACUACUACAACAACACGGAUGGUCUAUAUUUUAUCUAUCUCAUAGCUUUGUGCCUUGGGAGCCUAAAUAGUUGCUUAGAUCCACUCCUUUAUUUUAUUAUGUCGAAAAUCAUAGACCACCCCACUGUUUACCUUACGAUGGUGAAAUCAUCUAAAGAAUAAGGAAGGCUAUCUGUGAAAACAUACAUUCUUGGGAAAACAUAUGCCUAGGGCAAGGAGUUCUAACCUGCAGCUCCAUUUUUGAGCUCCUAAGAAAUACUGCUUCAGAAUAAAACAUUACAAUAGUACUUUUUUACUUUAAUACUUUUUCAGUGUUUUAAGAACGUCACUACAGGAGCGAAGACAUCACCAUUUUCUUUAGGGCAACUGACACACUUGCCUGACUGGUACUUCAAGCUCUUUACAUCUCUGUCUCUCCCACUCCCAUGAGGCUUUUAUUCUAGGUGUCGUGGUAGAGGAGGUGGGGCAGGACGAAGCACAGGGAGAAGCUAAGGUCUUUGUUUUCACUAUCCGGCAUCAUUUUUAAUUCUUCCGCCUCCUUCCACUCUCAUGCUGGUGGCUACCUCGUCAGCUCACUCUGAGUGGUUUUUAUCACUGGGGUUCAGUACAUUACUGGACUAUGGGGUCCAUACUCCCACCUUUGCCUUCUUGCCAUUCUCCUCACUGCCAGUCUAUCCUCCAUCCCACUGGCCACCACCAGAGUAAUCUUCCUCAGAUAGCAGAUGGAGCACAUCACUCAAAACCCCUAGAUCAAAAGCUGUCAUUAACUGUCCACUGCUUUGGUAUAAACUAUAAAUCUCUUGCUUGGCAUUCAGGGCUAACUUCUAACUUUACUUCCCAAUAAACCUUGCCUGCGAAGGUAGGCACUGGCCAACUUUCUUACUUUGCUGUAAUCUUGAUUUCUCCACUCUUUGCUCUUGCCUCUUAACUAAAAAGCUGUUUUUAACAUGUUUGCCUUACUUCUUUACGUCUCUUAAAGUCUUCACUGGACCACUCUUCUGAUUGUCAAGCUAGAAGUUCCUUUUUCUCAUCUUCCUUUCCUGUAUUUUUAUCCUGACACUUAUAUGUAGUUCCUUUACAUACAAAUAUUAAUUUCAUUAACACGUAAUUAAGCACCAUAUAAAGAAGGGGCUCAUCCUCUCCUUUCCUUAGCUUCUUGUAGAUCUAAGUCUUCUCAGGGUCUGUGGGGCCCAGAUCCAUGCUCUGUAUAUCAUGCUGCUGAGUGGACGAAUAACAUCCCAAAGCAUCUAAGCAUCGUGAAAGUCCCUUCAAGUCUUACCGAGAAGGCAAGGUUCCCCGUACAACAUCGGACAUCAUUUUUAGUUGGGCGUGUAAAAAAACAAAAAGCGAAAGUAGAACACAUUCAUGAGGUCUUUUAGAAGUUUAAAAUAACGUCUCCAAUAUUUUUUUCCUUAUGUGUAGCUUUUAAUGAGGAAAUAUUUUAUUAUAAAUGCCCAGGAUAGUCCUGUAAGUCAAUGACAACAUUUCUCUUAGUUUAGGGAUUAGAUAGGAGAGGGAAUAUUAGUGGUUAAGGGUAUGAAGGAUUGCUGACAUAAACGUUCCAGUCCAUGGGAAUGUGCAUAGACCAUAUACUUUGUAGUGACUAUCAAAACAUUAAAAAAUUGAGAAGAAUUGUUUUAUUGUUUGGACUUUCCUAUUUGGUUGGAUUUAGUUAGAACAAAAACCUACAAAAACCACACACGUGAAGAUCUUUUAUAGUAGGUAUGUGGUUACAUGAAGAAUAAAAAUCGGUUAAACACUAAAGCAAGCAAGAGAAAGAAACCCGUGGGCAUCUACCUGGCUGGUGGAGCAUGAGACUCCUGAUGUCCGGAUUGUGAGUUUGAGUCUCAUGUUGGGUGUAAAGAUAUGGUGGGUGUAGAAAUUACUUAAAAUUAAAAAAACUUUUUUUUUAAAAAAGAAAAAGAAACCUAUAUUAAGUUUUAAGAUGACAAAAACCUCAAUGAAAAGAACUGGUUUCUGCAAAUAAAGUCACCAUACGGAAUAUAGUUUUACCUGGGGGGAGGGGAAAUGCAGCCAAUAGUCACUUGUUAAAAGCACACAACUCUUGGGGCGCCUGGGUGGCACAGCGGUUAAGCGUCUGCCUUCGGCUCAGGGCGUGAUCCCGGCGUUAUGGGAUCGAGCCCCACGUCAGGCUCCUCUGCUGUGAGCCUGCUUCUUCCUCUCCCACUCCCCCUGCUUGUGUUCCCUC